CAUAUUUUGGCUGCACUAUAAUGACUGACAGUUGUACCUCAGAUGUCAUUGGCCGAAGAGUGGAAGUUAAUGGAGAACGUGCAACAGUGCGCUUUUCUGGCAUCGUCCCUCCUGUGGCAGGACUCUGGUUGGGAGUAGAAUGGGACAACCCCAACAGAGGAAAACAUGAUGGGAGCCAUGAAGGGACUGUGUAUUUUAAAUGCAGGCACCCAACUGGAGGAUCUUUUAUUCGUCCAAACAAGGUGAAUUUUGGAACAGACUUUAUUACUGCAGUUAAGAACCAGUAUGUGUUAGAAGAUGGACUAGAAGAAGAUGGAAAAAAAGAAAUUGUUUGGGGAAAUAAGCCUGUCAAAACUGUUGGUUUUGACCGUCUAAUAAAAGUAAAAAGCCAGCUGAGCAAGUUGGAAAAUGCUUGUCUGCAAGGUUGUACAAUAAGCUGUGCCGGUGACGAAGGAGUAAUCGCCAAAACAUGUCCCAAUAUUAAAACACUAGAUUUGUCAGAAAACUUGCUGUCAUCUUGGGAAGAGGUGACACGCAUUGCGGAGCAGCUCCAACACCUGGAAGUUCUCAUUCUCAGCAGAAACAAACUCAGAUUCCCUUCGGACUCACCGUCUCUAACGGGGACAUUCUCGAUGCUGAAGGUUUUAGUCCUUAACCGAACAGAAAUAACAUGGGCUGAGGUGCUGGCAUGUGCCUCCGGGUGGCCCGUCCUCGAGGAGCUGAGUCUGGAGUCAGACGGGAUCUUCAUUUCAGAAAGGCCAACCAAUGUUCUACAGACACUCAAGUUGCUAGACCUUUCCUCUAAUCAACCAAUGGAUGAGAAUCAGCUGUUUCUGAUAGCACAUCUGCCCAGGUUAGAAAAACUAAACCUCUCCAACACUGGAAUUUCCUCCAUCCAUUUUCCAGAUGCUGAAAUUGGAUGCAAAACAUCAAUGUUCCCGUCCUUGCAGUACCUUAUAGUAAAUGACAACCCAAUAUCACAAUGGUCGUUCAUCAACGAGCUGGAUAAGCUGCAGAGUCUGCACACCUUGUCCUGCAUGAGGAUCCCCGUGGUUGGCGUCCCAGACAGCAAAGCCGCACAGACGGCCCGGCAGUUCAUCAUCGCCAAGAUUGGCCAGCUGAAGAUGCUCAACAGACAGGAGAUUGAACCAGGGGAAAGGCAUGGAGCCGAGCUGGAUUACCGAAAAGCCUUUGGCAAUGACUGGAAAAAGGCUGGUGGCCAUCAGGAUCCGGACAAAAACAGACCGAGCAGAGACUUCAUCGCAGCCCACCCCCGAUACCAGCUUCUCUGCCUGAAGUACGGUGCGCCUGAAGAUGAGGAACUCCAAACACAACAACCAUUUGUGAUCAAAAAACAGCUGCUAACACUGAAGAUAAAAUAUCUGAAUGAAGUGGGUCAGCAAGUCCUAGAGAAACAACUGCCAGACUCCAUGACUAUUCAGAAGGUGAAAGGACUGCUCUCACGUCUUCUCAAAGCUCCUGUGUCAGAACUUCAGCUGUCCUAUGAAAGUACCAAAAUGCCGGGCAGAGAAAUUGAACUAGAAAAUGACCUAAAGUCAUUGCAGUUUUAUUCUGUGGAAAGUGGAGAUUGUCUGUUAGUGCGAUGGUAACACCAACAAAUAAAAUUUAAGAGACUAAACUGUAUCAUGAUUAGGGUUCCCCAGAAAUCAAUGGCUUAGGUAUGACAAAGGAUGUAUUUUUUUACGGGGAGGAGACUUUGUAUAUAAUAGUAAUAAUAAAUGCUUUAAGCCUAAGAGCUUUCUGAUCUUCAUAUUUAAAGUUCACUGUAUUUCAUUAUGUAAAGAUUUAAAUACAUAGUUAAUGUCUGUGAUAAAACCAACAAUCAAGGUCACUACCAUGAUCUGGUUCCUCUUGCUAGGAAAUGUCCCAUCCUCCACCAGGUGUAACACACUAUUAUCUCUUUUCUCAGCUUAAAAACCAAUCACAUGCUUCCCCUACAGUUACAACUAAACUGAACACAUGGGAAUAUAGGCACUGACAGGAAAAAUUCUUUCGAAGUGCCAGUGAUUU